UGCAACACUCAGCCCAGGGGCUCCCUGCGACGCUUAAACUCUCUGCUCCAUCACAGUCCAGAGCAGCCUCUGACUGCCGCAGCUUCUGGGAUGUGCCUUGAAACAGCGGCCAAAUACGCCAGGAUUUGCAGACCCGCCAGUGGGGUUAAAGAAAGGUUCGGGAGGAACUGCGGCCGAGGCCACAAUGCUCGUGUGACGGGCGACCCGCAUUUACUAACACAAGGUACAAGGAGAGGCUGUGAUAUAUAAACGCCAGGCAUUAUGGAAAACGUCUCCACGUCUCUCCCAGGGCCCACUGAUGUUCCGCUCACAGCACCAAGUUCUUUUGAGCGAGACUCCCCAAGUCAACAGAGGCCUCCCCACAUCCCGAUGAAACCCAAUCAAGUUGGCCAAGUCAUGCUGUACGGGGUGCCCAUAGUGUCACUCAUCAUCGAUAACCAAGAGAGGCUGUGCCUGGCUCAGAUUUCCAACACCCUGCUGAAGAACUACAGCUACAACGAGAUCCACAACAGGAGGGUGGCUCUGGGCAUCACCUGCGUCCAAUGUACGCCUGUCCAACUGGAGAUCUUGCGCAGGGCUGGGGCCAUGCCAAUCUCAUCCAGGAGAUGCGGGAUGAUAACCAAGCGGGAAUCCGAGAGACUGUGCAAGUCCUUUCUAGGUGAGAACAGGCCUCCAAAGCUCCCUGACAACUUUGCAUUCGACGUCAGCCACGAGUGCGCUUGGGGGAGCAGGGGUAGCUUCAUCCCUGCCCGCUACAACAGCUCGAGGGCCAAGUGCAUCAAGUGCUCAUAUUGCAGUAUGUACUUCUCUCCCAACAAGUUCAUAUUCCAUUCCCACCGCACCCCAGAGGCUAAGUACACUCAACCCGAUGCCGCCAAUUUCAAUUCGUGGAGGAGGCACCUCAAGUUAACCGACAAGACUCCACAACAGGACAUGGCCUACGCGUGGGAAGACGUGAAAGCCAUGUUUAACGGGGGCAGCCGCAAGCGGGCCUUGCCGGGUCACUGUGGCUCGCUCAGCGCAGACAAGGCAGUAGGUAGCGUUAUCACCCACAUGAUGGCCCCGGACCUCGCCCACAAAAGGGCCAGGUUCGCCGAGGACGACGAAGACGGGGGCAGCGUCUCUUCGCGGAAGCACCUGCGGAGUUAUCCAGUGAUCCCGGUCCCGAGCAAAGGAUUCGGGAUGCUACAAAAAUUCCCAGCCGCCUCGUUAUUCCCCAACCCUUACACGUUCCCAGCGUUCGGCCUGUGCCAGAAAAAAGACGACGGCGACACCCUUUCAGCGGGCCAGAAGCAAAACGGGCUCUCCGGACUCCUGUGGCCAGGUAGGAAGGAUGCCUUCUACCCACCGCUCUGCAUGUUCUGGCCGCCCAGGGCAGCGAGCGGUAUCCCCGUGCCCACCUACCUCCAGCCCCAGCCCAGCGCCAUCACACCGGCCGGGGAAUCCCCAACCCUAAGGCAAGCCUUCCUGGACCUCUCCGAGCAAACCGAAGCGGGCGCAUUCGCAAAUCCAAGGGACAACCUGUUUGAAGGCGACAGCGUAAACCACCCGGCCACCCCCGACCACAGACUGGCUGCCGACGGGAGAGUCAAACUCUUAGACGUGAGCACUUUCACGGCCAGGAAGCAGAGCUACCUGUCCGCCUUCAGGCCCGUGGUGAAGGACAUCGAGAGCAUCGCCAAACUUCACGACAACUUGGAGGAGUUUGGGUCGGAUCGACACCCUUCCCCGGGCACUAGCUGCAGUUACCACAGCGACAGUGCGGAGAGUGAAGAGGAACAAGAGGUGGACGUGGAGAGCAACAAACUCUCGGGCGAUGGGCUGGAGGAGGCCAUCUCUCCCGGCCACUACACGCACAGCAAACCACAACAGGACAACCGGCCUAAAGACACUAAAGACAAGACCGCUUUCUCCAACUCCAAAGGAGAACCAGCCGGGGACACGAAGGAAGGAACGGAAGGCCCGGCCAAUAAAAGAGGCCCCACUCCCUGUGACAUUACACCAUUGGAGCCACCCAGUUACAAAGAUGGUCUUAAAAAUGGAACCAAAAAACACUCACUCUUUUCUAAAAGGAAUGAAGAUAAUUUUCCUAAUCAGACAAAACAACAGGAUUGUUUUGCGGAAGAAUCCGAUAGCUCAGGGGUGGGAUUCUGGCGCGAACCCGCGGUAGACCACGAACAAGAAUCAACGUCUCGGCUUUCGAACAAAACUGAUGUGGCAAAUAUGGAUAAAGAAGAACUUCAGAAAGUGCUGUUGGAACAGAUUGAUCUGAGGCGGAGAUUAGAGCAGGAGUUUAAGGCGUUAAAGGGUAACGCUUCUUUCACUGUUGUCAAUAACUUCCAGGACCAAAUGAAGCGGGAAUUAGCAUAUCGGGAGGAAAUGGUUCAACAACUACAGAUGAUUCCUUAUGCAGCAAGCUUGAUGAGGAAAGAAAGGCUCAACACGCAGCUGAAUAAAAGUUAAAUGGUCUAUGAACUGGACUGAAGUUUCAGUAGCAUGUAGCAGUGCUCAUCAUUUGUAAGAUAUAACCACAGAGCAAAGUUCCAGGUGCAAAUCCUACGCAUCAGAAGAACGAUCAGAUAAAGAAUUGAAAAUGAGACUUAUUCUGAAUUUUCAAACUCAAUGGAAAAUGCACAAUCGAUGACUCCCAAGAGACCUAAAUACUGCAGUUCAUACUUUAUUAGUAACACAAAGAACUACUCUUAACUGGUUUCAUAAGUCGUUGGUGCUUACAUUUAGAUAUUCUUCCCAUGUGAAAGAGGAUGGUGAACUCAUCUAAAGAAGAUUGGCGAGUCAAUUUUUAGGGUAUUUGCGGUUUCAUCAUAAGAUGGUCAUGGAGAACAUUUGACAGAAGACUGUUGGAAUCACUCUUAAGAAGACUGGUGAGCCCAUUUUUAGGAGAUUCAUGGUCCGAUUUAAAACUUGGGCAAGCACUUUGAAGAGUCUGUGAACCCAGUGGAUAAAUGAAGUACAAUCUAUAUGGAUGUGUGUUUGCACAAGUACAUGAGUGCAGAUUUCAGGAAGACCAUUGGUUGAUCCAUUGUAUGUUCUUUUUGGUGAAAUGCUAUAAACUGAACUCUUCUUUUGUCAAUUUAAAUUGCAUUAUGACCAAGAAGGAAGGGAGCAAUUGAAACAUUGAAACAGUUGGAUAGGAAAAAAACAGCUUUAAUCCAAUUCUUCCCUUGCUCUUGCCUGUUUAAAUUAUUAAGGGUUAAAUAAGAGUAUCCUCUAUCACUUGAAAUAUUUUGGCUCUAAAUAUUGGGUGUAUUUAAUAUUAUUGUUAUUAUUACAAUGUAUUUAAAUCCUUUGUGCAACUCCCUAAUUAAUUAGGAAUGUAAAUAAAGCCUAUCAUAUACCAAUUACUGCAGUGAAGGCAAUGGAUUGUUUUUGGAAUAUAGAAGUAAAAUACUUCGGUAAAUUUGUGUUUUUGUACAAAAGAUAUGCACCUAAAUUGUAAAUAUUAAUGAAAAAAUUUAUCCUUCCCUCAAACCUUAGAAAAUGGGAUUAUUGCAUUGA